AACGCAGCACAGAGUCAGAGACAGGAGCAGGCGGAUGUUUAUCGCGGGAGGACACAGUGAAACAACACGGUCCAACUAUUCGACAAAACUCGAGUCUUUUAGAGACUAAACGAGUCCUGGUCGAAGGGAAAAUGUAUUCGGUGUCGGUGUUGGUCCUCCUGGGGGUCGGACUGACGGUCCACGGCGAGAUCCAUUCCCUCACUUACAUCUACACGGCCUUCUCCAAACCUCCCGGUCUCCCGGGCCUCCAUCAGUUCACAGCCAUGGGUCAGCUGGACAACAAGAUGAUUGAUUACUUUGACAGUGACUUGCAGAAGAAAGUUCCCAAACAGGACUGGAUGGAUAAGCGACUGGCUGCAGAUUACUGGGAGAAAGGCACACAGUCCCGCCAGAGCAAGCAGCAGUGGUUCAACGUCAACAUCGACAUUCUGAAGAAACGAAUGAGACAGAACGACUCGGAUAUCCAUGUUCUUCAGUGGAUGCACGGCUGUGAGGGCGAAACCCAGCCCGACGGCACGAUGAAGUUCAGACGUGGGAAGGACAUGUACAGCUAUGAUGGACAUGACUUCCUGGCCUUUGACGACACCCAUGAAGUCUGGGUUGCCCCAGUUCAAGAGGCACAGGAGACCAAGAGAAAGUGGGAUGAAGUCCAGGUCCUAAAAGAAUACACCAGAGGCUACCUGGAGAACGAGUGUAUAGAUUGGUUGGGCAAGUUCGUGGGGUACGGGAAUAAGGAGCUGAAAGAGGCCUCUCCACCUAAAGUUCACAUGUAUACAAAGAGCAGCCGUGUUGAGACAAACGUCUUUAUGGUGUGCUGGGCCACAGGAUUCUACCCAAAAGACAUCAUCCUGAACAUCAAGAGAGACGGCCGUGUUCUGGACGCCAUGGACGGACUGAUGACCUCAGGCGUUCGACCAAACGGAGACGAGACCUACCAGAGAGUUGACAAAGUGGAGAUUUUGAAGAGCGACCAGGCAAAAUACACUUGUGAAGUGCACCACCCGGCAUCUGGGUUACGUGUUGAGGACGUUUGGGAUCAUACACUUCCGGAGGAGUCUGGAGGACCUGGACCUAUCAUUGGUGGUGUGGUAGUGCUCUUGCUCGGGGUCGGGAUCGGGAUCGUGGCUGUGCUGCUCGUCUUGUUCAAGAGAGGCAUUAUUGGUGGAGCCCAGAACAAAGGGUCAAAAGACUCUCUCAACAGCGACUCCACUGCUGGCUCUGGGGCACCACUUAAAGAAGUAUCCAUUAGCCACAUCAAUGAACAGACAGCUCUCACCAAUCGCAAAGGGUCAGAUGAGUCGCUUGGCAAACACUCUGCUGACUCUGGCGUCUCCUCCAAUGAGGGGAGCAACAAAAACCCCACCCCUGAGACCGCCAGUCUCCUGGAGAGAACUGAAGUGCAGACUGAUGCAGCGGAAACAGACUGAAGUGUCUGCAGAUAACAGAUUUUCCAUCAGAGUACAUCAAGACUCAUCGUAGAACCAAAUUCACUAUUGGAUAGAAACAAGCUGCACAGUUAAUCAAAUGAUUAUCAAAAUCUCAAUAUGGUAAAAUGCAGUAAUCCAAGUUAUGAAGGUAAAAUGUGUGACAUCACAUCACAGUCGCAGUAUCUGUGAAAAUAAUGUCUUUAUGAUGGUCGUCCCGUAUCGUGCAGCCUUAAUAGAAACUAAAAAGGGGAAUUGUAAAAAGACACAAUAAGAACAAAGAACUUACAUAAGCUCAAUAACGUCUCUUCAGGGGUUGAGGGCACUGCCCAACAACUCAAUAAGACAUUUAAAAAUGGGAUGAAUUCAAGUCACGUUUGAGUAGUGAGCCUAAACUGGGCACUACAAGGGGUCGAAAUACUAAAGAGUUAGGUGAGCUUGUUUUGACCAGAGGUCAGAGGUCAGGUGGAGAUUUAGGAAAGUGAUUGGAAAGAGUCUACAAAAGACUUCAAUACAUUCAAUGAAAAAUACUCAAAAGAUUAUGAAACAAUGGAUAAAGAGAAAGAAAGGCUGUAAAAUAAUUAAUUUUCUAAGUCUGUAGGACUGCAGUUGGAAACAUUUGACCUUUUCUAAGUCCCGCCCCUUUUUGACCUGUCCUCCAAUAACAGUUGAGCUCACCUCAGUGAGAAGGUCAGUCAACUUCCUCCUUUCCUGCACUCAGAUAUGCUAUGUGCUAGGCUCAUAGACAAGCAGAUAAUGUUAGCAAAAUGCUAAAGAUUCAUGUGGAUUGGCUAGCUAGUUAGAUAGCAUGUUGCUCCUCUAUUUUAUCUUUUAACCAUCUUCAAACAGUGGUUGUCUUAUCAGCAUAGAUUAGCCUAGCAUGUAGCAUAUCUGAGUCCAGGAAAGGAGUACGUGGGCGGAGCUUAGGAAGGGUCAAUUAAAAGAAGCUUUUAUUAAUUAGUUAGUAUAUGUGAGUUGUAGUAAAUGGGCCAUUAUUGAUCACCAGACCUGCCUGGAUUAAAAACAAGUGAAUUCUGAGUGAGUGAUUUAUUGAUCAUUUAAUUCUCUGAUGUGUGUACAUUUUUUAUUACUAUUAAGUUUAUAUGUUGUGUAGCCACACCAGGUUUUUAAACGAGACCUGCGUCUAUUAGGGACCCUGCUUUUAUUGGAAGUUUUACAUUAAGUUUAUGGUAAAAAUCUGUCCUGAUGCUAUUAAAUAAUAACAAAUACAUUUGAAAUUUUUCAAGUUUAAGUUGAUGCUGUUUAGAGAAGCAAUGAGUUACUUUAAACAUUUGGGGAAUAUCGUGGUGACCAGUAACCAUUCUUUAUGCUUUAUGUGCCUUCAACCUUCAUACUUUGAGCUUUUAUAUUGUUGACACAUGGAAGUAUUGUUCUCCGGCUGUUUCUCUCUGUCGAUCUAAAAGUGCACUCCAGGUUAUAAAACAGUGAAAUAUUUCUAUCAAAUAUCAGUUUGUCUAAUAAAUGUGUGUAAAGAUUGUUUGUGAUAAUGCGGAUUGUAAGACUGAACUGAAGAAUAUCUGAUAUUUUUAGCUUCUGUCUAAAAAGUUUGAAUGAGUUGAAUCAUAAAUAUUUCACUGUAAAUCCAUGUGCCAAUAAAUUAAUGCUGAUUUUAUCUUUUAAAGGACAAAGUUAAUAAAGCCCUUGCCCUGUU